UGUGGAUUGCCUGAGGAAGUGGGCCUCCGCCAGGAGGGUCCCCUUGUGCCCGCUGUGCGCCGCGCCCAUCCACACCAUCGUGCUGCCUGACGGCGAGGAAGAGCCAGUCGUGCCGUCGACAGCAAGGGCGGACGAGGAAGAGCCAGACCUUGCCUGCUUGGACCACACAUAUUUUCUGUCGGAGACCCAAAGGUUGCUGUCAAGGGCUGAGGUUGCUCAGAAUAACAUCUACCGUGAGGCUUUCGGCGCUGGACGAAAGGGGUCAAACAAGGCCGAGCAUGCAGUGGCAACCCUAGGGGACGUUAUAUCUUCUCUACUGAACCACAGACACCAGCUGGAGUUGGAGUUUCCGUUUGGAGCGAAUGAACUCCUCCAGGAACUUUACAGCUUGGAUAGUAUUGUUCAGUCAGUCCAAGCGGGCACAUGGGAGAGGUGUGUUCAGAAACAGGUUUUGCUGGAGAUAUCGAUGUUUUUCUCAGGCUUAGGACCUUGUUUUCGCUCUGUUGGUAUGACUGGAUGCCUGGAUGUGCAAGUGCAGGCAAUGCUGUUCAUCUUGCUUCAUCUUGUGUUCAUCUUGUUGGCACCUGCAAGGCAAGAUAGCGAGAUCGGCGUCUUGUGCAGUGAUUGA